AUGAACGGCAAUGUUUAUACCGGAUGGCAAAAUCAUGUUGACAUCCAAAGGGAUAUGCAGGAGGGGAGUUUGCCGAACAGGGGGUGCAGACAGGCGAACUGGGCAUCAUUUCCUAGUAGGGGGAUGCUUUUUACUGGACUCCUUCCUCUGGAUGCUCCUCUUACAAUAUGUCUGAUGUUGUCCAAGUUCUAUUCUACUGUAAUAGAGGCCAGCACCAGUGGCAUUUACACUACAGCACUGAUCGUGGCUCCAUAUGAACGUCCCGCUCUGAGUAAGGGAUAUUUCUUCCCUGAGGGAGCUGCAAGACUUCCUGAUUUCCAUGUCUCCGUUGGCAGUGGCGGAGAGAGAUUGCUUCCUGAGUGGUACAAGGAAAAAGGGAUAGAAUUGAUCCUUAGCACAGAAAUGGUGAAAGCAGAUUUUCCUGCCAAGACUCUAUUAAGCGCAGCAAGAGAAACAUUCAAGUAUGAAAUUUUGAUCAUCUCAGCUGGUUCCACAAUGAGUCACGAUUUUGGAGUGCAAGGAGCUGAUGCCAAAAACAUCUUCUACUUAAGAGAAAUUGAUGAUGCUGACAAGUUGGUAGAAGCGAUCAAAGCAAAGAAGAAUGGGAAGGCUGUUAUCGUUGGAGGAGGCUAUAUUGGUCUCGAGCUUGACCCUGAGAUGAAAAUUAACAAUUUCGACGUCAGCACCGAACAUGGUGCAAAGAUUGUUCUUGUAGCGCCCCGGCUUUUCACCCCUGGCGUUGCUGCUUUCUAUGAGGGUCAUUAUGCUAAUAAAGGGAUCAAAAUGAUUAAGGGAACAGUUGCAGUUGGAUUCACCUCUGACUCAAAUGGAGAUGUGAAGGAAGUUAAACUUAAGGUGGCAGAGUGCUGGAAGCGGACAUUGUUGUUGUUGACUGAUGCUUUUUUCAAAACAAGUGUUCCCAAUGUAUAUGCUGUGGGUGAUGCCAUCAAGGCAAGUGAGAAGGGGGAAUCAGUUGUUGAAUGUGACUACCUUCCAUGCUUCUAUUCUCGUUCAAUUGAUCUAGCAUGGCAGUUCUACGGCGAAAAUGUUGGGGACACUGUGCUUUUGGGAGACAACAACCUAUAA